AUGGCCCGGUCUCUGGAAGACGAAGAGAAAGGGAUACAAUCCCAUCCAGACAUGCAAUCAUCUUCAUCUGAUAUUGCGCCCGUCGAUCCUAUCGCCCAGAGUUCUAAGUCGGGCAAUAUCUUCAGCCGGUUUAAUGACCGUCUCGCCGAGUUCAAAUUCUUCGAGACUCGUGGCAUCGAGCAGGUUCCGCUCCAUGAGCGCCAUGAUAUCAAGGCUUCUGAUUACUUGCAGAUGAGUCUGCUAUGGUUCAGCACCAACAUCACAGCGAAUAACAUGGCAUUGGGUAUGAUGGGCCCAUUGACAUUUUCGUUGGGAUUUAUGGAUUCCGCCCUUUGUGCAACCUUCGGCGCGUUGCUCGGAGCCGCGGGUGUUGGCUAUAUGGGUACAUUCGGACCAGCUAGUGGCAAUCGUACUAUGGUUGUCGCACGAUAUUUCAUGGGUUACUACCCGAGCAAGAUCGCUUGUCUUCUCAACAUCAUUAUCAUGCUUGGGUACGGCAUGAUUGAUUGUGUAGUCGGUGGACAAGUCCUCUCCGCAGUUGCCGGGGGUCGUAUGACCGUCGUCGUGGGAAUUAUCAUCAUUGCAAUUGUAACCUGGGUGGUGGUCUUGUUCGGCAUGCGAUUGUUCCAUAUCUACGAGCGAUGGGCAUGGAUUCCACAGAUCAUCGCAGUAUUUGUCCUGGUCGGAAGUGCAGGCCCCAAGUUUGAUACUUCAAUCGUCUCGACCGGUUCAUCUCAAACCAUUGCCGGGAACCGAUUGUCCUUCUUUUCACUCUGUCUAUCUGCUUCUGUGGCCUGGGCACCUGCAGGAGCCGACUUUUACGUCUACUUCCCACCUACCACGUCUAAAUGGAAGACUUUCCUCAUGACAUUCCUCGGUGUGGGACUGGCCCUGACUUUUGCCAAUUUGAUGGGCGUCGGACUCGCAUCGGGCACUCUAACCCAUGCAUCGUGGGAAAAAGCCUAUGACACUUCGUCCGGGGCCCUGAUCCUCGCUGGCUACGAUGGUCUUGGCGGAUUCGGUAAAUUUAUGGGCGUUCUCGUCGCCCUCGGUCUCAUUGCAAACAACAUUCCCGGCACCUACUCCGCUUCGCUUGGUUUCCAGAUCAUGGGGCGCCAGCUGGCAAGGCUUCCACGGUGGUUCUACUCAUGUGUCGGCGUUGUCAUCUACACGGCAUGCGCCCUCGUCGGACGGAAUCAUUUAUACGAUAUUUUUGACGAUUGGCUGUCACUCAUGGGAUAUUGGGUGACAAUUUACCUGACCAUUGCCGUUGAAGAGCAUCUCAUUUAUCGCCGAUCGCUGGGAUUUGACUGGGAUGCGUGGGCUGAUCCGUCCAAACUGCCGAUCGGCAUCGCGGCACUGUUGGCCUUUUUAAUUGGUUGGGCUGGAGCUAUUGUGUCUAUGGACCAGGUAUGGUUUGUUGGUCCAAUUGCGGAGAUGGUUGGCGAUUAUGGCUCUGACUUGGGUAUUUGGGUUGGGUCCUCUUGGGCGAUGCUGGUAUAUCCGCCUCUCCGGUGGAUGGAACUGAAAAAGUUCCAUAGAUGA